CCCUUUUCAUAGGAAAUAGUUUUUUUUCGUAGGUGUCUGAGAGCUUAUUCGAAAAAGAAAGAAAAUCAAGUGUGAAAAAGUAAUCGCACAUCUUUAUGAUAAACGCCAGGUAGUGCAUUCGCUGUUUGGUUGGGUGUUCUGGUAUUAUUUGAUUGCGGAUUUCUGAUUGGACGACGGUGCUUCCUCAUCUACAUGUGAUGUCAUGUCCUCGGCUGACUUGAUGCGCUGUCUGACGGGAGACUCUCGAAGCAAGGUCCGAGCGCGAGCCCAAGGGAGCGAGCGAGAGACUAAACAGAAGGUUUUUCUGAAGUAACGGCGAAGAGGGCGAUAUUGACUGAAUUCGCACAGCCUUGUACACUAUAUCCAUAGAAUGGAGCUAUGAUCUUGAGCGAACAACGCCAGAAUUGAAAGAGUAUCCCGGUGCCUUGCAGUGUUGAUGUGAGGACGUCUGCGUGGUACUGAAAAGUCCCAGACCAUGAACUACGUGGGCCAGUUGGCGGGCCAGGUGUUAGUGCAGGUGAAGGAGCUCUACCGGGGCCUGAACCCGGCCACCCUGUCGGGCUGCAUCGACGUCAUCGUGGUGCGGCAGCCCGAUGGCAGCCUGCACUGCUCCCCUUUCCACGUGCGCUUUGGCAAGAUGGGCGUCCUGCGCUCACGAGAAAAAGUGGUGGACAUCGAGAUCAACGGAGAGCCGGUGAGCCUGCACAUGAAGCUGGGGGAGAAUGGGGAGGCCUUCUUCGUCAAGGAGAUGGACAACAACCAGGAGGUGGUGCCUGCUUACCUGGCCACUUCUCCCAUCCCCUCCGACGACGGCUCCCUCCUGAUGGGGGGGUCCUCCCUCCUGAUGGGGGGGUCCCACUGCCACUCUCCGAUGCCCAUGCAGACCGCGGGGUCGCUGGGAGGAGGGGGCGGAGGGGGCGAGGGCGGCAUGAAGAAGAGAAGGAAGAGGAGGAGGAAGAGCAAGGUGGACAGCGUGAAGCGCGAGGGCAGCGGCGAGUACUCGGAGGACGAAGACAUGUUCACCAUCGACAUCAGCUCCAACGAGGCAGAGGAGGCGGACAACAUGGGCAGGAGUUCAGGGAGAGACUUGAUGGCCACAGGUUCCUCCCACUACAAGGCCAGCACUGUCUACGCCUCCUCUGACGGAGACUGGUCACCUAUUCAGAGUCCGGGGACGUCACGGCCCUCCUCUCCUAAGAGUGACUCUGAGCUGCUGAAUAAGCAGUGUGGGGCCAAGCAGGAGCAGGACAACCCGGCCAUGCUGUGGGCUUGGGGAGAGCUACCACAGGCAGCCAAGCGGUCGUUCCUGCCUCCGAAGCCCAGCCUGAGCAGCCCGACUGUCCGCCCCGUGUCCAUCCCCGUGUCUGAGGACACGCACUUCAGGGUCAUCCCUCCGGGGGGCGACAGAGACAGAGAGCACAUAACGGCAAACCACAACGGGAACGACCACUACCUCAAACUGGUGAUGCCCACCGCAACUGCCACCACCAAAACCUCCACGACCGCUACCGCCACCGCCACCGGCAAAUCCUCCACGGAGCUGCUCACGUCAUCCUCCUUGGACCACGUGAAGGACAUGGAGACGGAGACCAUCCGGCCAUCGGAGACUGACCUCAUCGGGCCCGACGAGCCAAUCAGUAUGGAGACUGGCCUGAAAGGGCGGGACAACAGCGAGGCUUUCGGGAAAGAGGGCGAGCCAAUGGGGGCGUCGGCCGCUGCCGCUGCUGCUGCUGCUCACAUGCUUUCGGAAUUCGAGGAGGCGGGCUCGCGCCCGCUCUGCAAGACGGACUCCCCCUCCAAACGCAAAGACAAGAGGAACCGGCACCUUGGGUCCGAUGGUGUCUAUCUGGAGGACCUCACAGAACUGGAGCCAGAAGUGGCAGCACUUUACUUCCCCAAGAGUGAGUCCAGUGGCCCUCUGCGUGGUGCGGAGAGCGGCAGCGUGCGUAGCCCUAGCAUGUCCCCCCAGUCCGUGGGCAGCUCGGGGGCUGACAGCGGCGUGGACAGCUACUCCGACCAGAUGGGCGACCUGCCCUCUAUCGCCAUCUCUCUGUGCGGAGGACUCUCGGAUAACCGGGAGCUCACCAAAGGGUCCUGCAUGCACAGACUGCAGAGAUGCAUGAUGGGUAUUCUUGGUUUUCCAGAGCAGUUCCAGGAGAAGGCCAUCUCCUACCAGCAGUUCGCCGAGAGCCCCGCCAUCAUCGACGACCCCAACCUCGUGGUCAAGAUCGGAUCCAAGUAUUAUAACUGGAGUACUGCGGCCCCCCUCAUGCUCGCCCUGCAGGCCUUCCAGAAGCCCCUACCAAAGGCCACCGUAGAGAACAUCAUGAAGGAGAAGAUGCCCAAGAAAGGAGGCCGAUGGUGGUUCUCAUGGAGAAGUCGAACCAGCAGUACCAAAGCGGACUCUGUGUCGGAGCAUGGAGCAUGUGUGAACGGAGACCAAGCCUCCAAAAUGGCUGCCAUGAACAGGAGGAAGGAGGACUCGUCGUCUAGCGAUGAGGACCACCAUACUGCUAAGCAGAGCACGUCCGUCCAAUCAGAGCCCAUGCUGCCUUCUAUGGGCGUGUCUUACAAGAAAACACUCCGCCUCUCGUCCGAACAGCUAGCCAGCCUGCAGCUGAAGGACGGUCCGAAUGACGCGGUGUUCAGCGUGACGACCCAGUACCAGGGCACCUGCCGCUGCGAGGGGACCAUCUACCUGUGGAACUGGGACGACAAGAUCGUCAUCUCAGACAUCGACGGCACCAUCACCAGGUCAGACACACUGGGGCACAUCCUACCCACGCUUGGCAAAGACUGGACCCAUCAGGGCAUCGCACAGCUCUACCACAAGAUCAGCCAGAAUGGCUAUAAGUUCAUGUACUGCUCGGCGCGUGCCAUCGGCAUGGCGGACAUGACGCGCGGCUACCUGCACUGGGUCAACGAGAGAGGAACUAUGCUGCCACAGGGACCGGUACUGUUAAGCCCCAGCAGCCUGUUCUCCGCACUACACAGGGAGGUGAUUGAGAAGAAACCAGAGAAGUUUAAAAUCGAGUGUCUUACGGACAUCAGGAACCUGUUCCACCCAAACACUGAGCCCUUCUACGCUGCCUUCGGGAAUCGACCCACGGACGUGUACUCCUAUAAAGAGGUGGGCGUGCAGCUGAACAGGAUCUUCACGGUGAACCCCAAGGGGGAGCUGGUGCAGGAGCACGCCAAGGCCAACGUCAGCUCAUAUGUGCGUCUGGGAGAGGUGGUGGACCACAUGUUCCCUCUGCUGUUGAGGUCCAGCACCUCAGACUUCCCCUGCAGUGACACCUACAGCCACUUCACCUACUGGAGGGAACAGCUCCCUCUUGUGGCCAGCCCUCCACCUGCAGCACCCCUGCAGGACGCAAGCGGAAUUAUCGCCCCCUAGUGGCCAGCGCUCCACCUGCACCCCUGCAGGACGCAAGCUGACUUGCUAAAGGGUACUUCUGCCGAGAAACUGCUGCUUAGGGUGGGAUUUGAACCUGCAACCCUCUGAUCCAAAAAAAUAACCCCCUAACAGUUAGGCCAUGUCUGCCACUGCACAGCUCAGCACAGCACAUAGCACACAGGAUCUCUACUGCUGGGAGAACAAGCGUGUGUCCAGGAGCUUGCAACUGUCAGUUUGUGUCCAUUGUUUUCCCAUUCACAUCACAUCGGUCGACGUCAGUUGCUGGCGCACUGAAUCGUGGCUCUCUCCGCUGUCCUGCAUGGAAUGCUCUGCCCCCUUGAGUGGUAGAAUUUUCACGGAAUCUCUUCUGUCAGGCACGCCCAGCUUCAUAAUUUGACAGACGCAAGCAUCUGUAUCAGUCGUAACGAUACAGUACAGUCUAUUUCAGACACGAACUCUGGACUCUUUGGACUAUCCUGGUUAACCUGCCCCUUUAAUGCUUCAGUACAAUUCUGGGGUGCAUUUUUCAAAACCAUAGUUGCUAACUACGUUAGCUACUUCGUUGGUUACAAUGAAAGUUGCUGACUGGUUAACAACUACGCUUUUCGAGAAACAAACAUUUGCACUGCUUCUGUUUGAUUGACAUUGUCACAGACAGAAUCUUAACAAACCCACCAGCGACCAGAGGGAGUGCUUUUUUCACGUUGACUUCAGACACCUUCGAAUCAGUGCAUUUCUUUUUUUUAAUUUCUUUUUUAGAGUAUGUUUUGGGGGCAUUUUGGCCCUUUAUUAUGAUAGCAAAGUGUGAGAGGAGACAGGAAAUGAGCAGGAGAGAGGAGGCCGGACUCGAUCCUGUGGGCACGCAAGCCCAAAUAUGAUGGGCUUAGCGCGCUGCGUCACAGCGCUGGUGACAGUAAGGUUAUAACAUAGGCUCUGCACAAAGGGGCUAGACUGUCCCUGAUCAUUGUCACUAAUAAUCCAACCCCUCCCUACAGUUCCACUCACCGUAUUCCAACUGCCUUUUCCCAGUAGGCUUUCUUCAGUUUCCAUGACGCCAACCCAGCAGGAAUAUUUUCCAUACUUUCCCUCCCAAAACAGAUGGCUUGUGUUUUUUUUUAGUUGUUGUUGUUAGAUCUUCUGUAGUAGGCAAACUGGGGUUGUCCAUUUCCCUUCACAUUGCACAGAUGUUCUCAUAUGAAUAGGUUAUACAUUUUUUGUUUUCUCCUGGCUGCGCGACACUAGCUGCGUACAACUCAACCUCUGAUUGUUGGAAACCGCUGUCGGUCAAAAAAUUAUCUCACGUGGUUGGAUGCCAGUGUCUUGCCCCUCCUCACAACAUCGUGUUUAUAAACAUGGUGAACCCAUGUAUAGAUGACUAUGGAUGAGAAAACAAUGGAGGAAAACAAUGCAGACCCAAACAGACUUUUUUCUCAGCUUUGCACUGUGACCCGGCAUAUGUUGUCUCCAUUGCUCAUAUCAUGGCUUAUAAACCUCAGACGACAAACAGUUUUUUCAUACUACACCAUCCAGCUUGUGAGAUGAAUGAUGGUACAUUUACCGACAUUGUUCACAGCAGGCAUGCUCAUCAUUUCAGAGACCUUUGUUCUCACGGAAAUCUGUGUGCAUAUGCGUGUGUGCGUGCGUGUGUGUGUGUGUUUGUGUGCUGUAUGUGUGAACAGUAGUGUAUGGGAGGCUGUCUAAGCCCAACAAUAACAUCAAGGAAUAUAUUUAGGAAUAUAUUUAUGUAUGUACUCACAUAUUCUACAUGUGUAAAAAUAUUUUGUGCCAAAUGGUUUCUUGUGCUACAAUUAUAUCACGAUUUGAAGUAUCACAUUUAGCUUGGAUACUGUUACUGUUUUGCUAUGGAAACAGUGUUUCCAAAGGUUACUGGAGCUAGUUACAACUAAAGAAGACAAACUUAAUUCUAUGCAAAUAGAGACGUAUGUAUCCCGCUUUCCGUCCAAAACAUGUUUCAAAUAAUUUCCUUUGUUGUUCGCCUCCCUGUAUGCUACGAAGUGUACUUCCUUGAAUCACAUGGCUUUCAGUUGUUAUUUCUUCAACUAUUUCAUCCAAAGAUAGAAGUUAUUGGAUCUGAAUAUGUCUGAAGUGCACUCUAACGGGUACCAGGGUGGAGUUCAAAUUCCAAUACCUCUGUGUGUGUAUGGUAUUUUUUUAUAGCGGAAAACUAUUCAGUAAAGGUUCAAUGCGUAGUCUUCGGAACUCAGACUUCCAAUAGGAAUACGUACAAGUUUAAUCCAAUAGGAAUUUGAAGUUUUAGAACAGGCAGCGCAACAAUUGAUACAUAAAAUCAACAAAAAAUAUUAUGAUUUGAUUAACAAAAAUGUUCCACAGUCAACCUUUAAGAUUUCACCCUGGAUACAGCACACCUCACGCUUAGGCACAGAGUAUAAAGCAGGGGUGGGCAAUUAUUUUGGCCGAAGGGACACAUUGGGUAAAGAAUAUUGACCAAAGGGCCAGAUGUCACGGCAACUUGCCCCUUUUGAAUAAUAACAAAAAGUGUACAGUGACAACUUGUCAGCUUUGCCACUCCAGCACAUUAUAUGAAAAGGUAUUUAAAUGUAGCCCAUGUACUUGGUUAACUUUAAGUUCACAAGACCCCUGUUUUAGGUAGCCAUUUUAAGAAUGUUGAGUGACCGUAUGAAAAGUUGUCUGUCUUGUUAAGUAUGUUGUUCGUACUGUUGGUGACAGAGCUUUUUGUGUUGCUGCCCCCACGCUCUGGAACCGUCUACCUCCCAACAUACGCCAGGCCCCCACACUGGCUAUGUUCAAGAAGCACCUUAAAUCCUAUCUAUUCACAGAGGCAUAUGGACUUUAACUUCACUGGCCCUUCCCCCUGCCCCUUCUCCCCACCCCCAAUGUAAAGCGACCUUGGGUUCCUUGAAAGGUUAUUAUUAUUAUUAUUAUUAUUAUUAUGAAAAUGCCUCAGCGUGCUAGCCUGAUAAACCAGCCUAAAUGUGAGACCGGAGUAAUUUAGUCUGGCCCCGAUGAACGAUGCCUCCGACGAUUGCUGAUGAGAAAUACCUGUUGUUUUUUCAAACUGUGCCGACGCUCUGACCAAUCGGCGAUCUUUGCCGUUGAUGUGCUUUCCCAACGGUGUUGCGAGCUUCGUAGUCACUCCCUCAAAACCCUGCCGCUUUGAUAAAAAACAAAUCUCUGCAUUGUAAUUGGUUUUGCCAGACUCAGGGCAUAGUGUUCACAACGUUCUCAGAUCCGAGGCCAGACCCACUCGCAGCUGAAAAAAAUUCGGCGCCCAGCGGGUGGCGCUGGUAUACCAGGCUAUUAGCGGCCCGCAUGUGUGCUCCCCGAGCCUAAGUUUGCCCACCUCUGCAGUAAAGCCUCUGUGCCUGUGUCCUGUAAUCACCAACACCUCAUUUUGCACAUGAGCUGAAAUCACACAAGCUUAGCACAGCAUUCUGAAAGCUAGCUCAUUUAAAAUCACAUCGACAAGAAGGUUCCUGUCAAACUUGAGGCAGAAAUAUUGUGAUUUUGUGUGUGUGUGUGUGUGUGUGUGUGUGUGUGUGUGUGUGUGUGUGUGUGUGUGUGUGUGUGUGUGUGUGUGUGUGUGUGUGUGUGUGUGUGUGUGUGUGUGUGUGUGUGGAG